AUGACGACUCCGGUGACAGUGGCAGGAAAGGUGUUCCUUAUUUUUUACGGGCUUCUGGGUUGUGCGGCCACCAUCUUGUUCUUUAAUCUGUUCCUGGAACGGAUCAUCACACUGCUGGCAGUGGUCAUGAAGGCUGUGAGGGAGCGCCGCAUAAGGAACAGUGGACUGCUGCCUCCAGGGAUAAAACAUGACUUCUCCAUCUACUCCCUCCCUGGGUGGAAGCCGUCUGUGUACCAUGUGAUGCUGAUCCUAGGCAUAUCUGCCAUCACGAUCUCCUGCUGCGCCUCUGCCAUGUACAGCCCGGUGGAGGGCUGGGCCUAUCUGGAUUCCCUCUAUUUCUGCUUCGUCACCUUCAGCACCAUCGGCUUUGGGGACUUUGUGAGCAGUCAGAAUGCUGCUUAUGAAAACCAAAGCAUCUAUCGAGUAGCAAACUUCUUCUUCAUGUUGAUGGGAGUCUGUUGCAUCUACUCUUUGUUCAAUGUCAUCUCAAUUGUCAUCAAGCAGGUGCUUAACUGGAUGCUCGAGAAAAUGAGUUGUUUGUUCUGUCAGCGUUGCAAUAAAGCCAACGCCUUUCUGGGCCGACGUAAUGCAAUUCGCCCAGGCUCCAAGGGGCGCCAGAGCCGCUUAGGCCAAGACUCAGACGGAGCGUGUGAUAGUGACACCGAGGGGAGGCGAUUAUCAGGAGAGAUGAUCUCCAUGAAAGACCUUGCAGCGUCAAACAAAGUGUCGCUGGCCCUAAUGCAAAAGCAGCUGUCAGAAUCGGCCAAUGGGUACCCCAGGACUGUCUGCGGCAGCUCCAGGCACAAUGAAUUCUCUGGGGGGGUGGGAGCGCUUGGAAUCAUGAACAACAGACUAGCAGAGACCAGUAACUCCAGGUAG